AGCCAGUUCGGCUCCAGCUUCGGCCCGCGCAUCCGCUGGCCACCAGCCAGCAAAGCCCCUUGGACCAAGUAACUCCGUGGGCCCCUGAUGACGGUCCUGUCGCGCGUGGUUGUGUCGGUUGCCCUGGUCGCCUCCUCGGCAACCGCCUAUGUGGCGCCAGUGCCACGCGAGGCCGCCCUUCAGCGUUCCGUCGCCUCGGCGGUCCAGCAGCAGCCGACAGUCCUCGUGGAGGAGCUCGUGGAGGAGCCCGCGGCGGACAGCAACGCCUCUGGGGCGAUGCUUGGAGCGGCUGUGGCCAGCAUCGUUGGAGCGGUGGUCGGCUGGGUGCGUUCCAACAAGGAGAGGGCCGCCAGCGCCGCUGCAGCGUCGGCGGUGGCGCUCGUGGCUUCGGCUUCGCCGGCACUGGCAGAGGUGGACUAUGUCAACAUCGAGUACCUGGGCGGCAGCAACAAGGUGGACAUCAACAACGCCAACAUCAUGGCCUACCGACAGUUCCCUGGCAUGUUCCCGACCGCGUCCGGCUGGAUUGGCACGCACGGCCCGUGGGAGAAGGUGUCGGAUAUGUUGAAUGACCCCGAGCUCCCCGACAACCUGAAGCAGAUCAUCCAGAAGUACGAGAAGAACUACGUUGCCUUCCCGGCCAACCCGGCCUACUUUAUCGACCGCAUCAACAACGCGAUGUACCGCUGAGCUCGCGCAGUCUGGAUCUCCCUGCGUCGCUUCGCGCAUAUAUGGCGAAGAUUUAGCCAAGUCCACGGCAGGCACCUGAUACAGGAGGCUUUUUGAAUAGAGACGCCAGCUCCGAUCGCCAGAAGAGGCGGGUCGCUGUAA